GAUGAGAGCUAAUCAAGAAAUCCAUAAGAAAGUUGCUUGGUAUUUUCAGUGGCUCAAAACCAAAAGGAAAAACACAGGUUUGAUAUCAAAAGAAGAAUCCCCGUUUAAGAAUGCUAAUCUUACUAACCUGAAGUUCCCGAUAAAAUUUAAUGACUUCGAAAGUGCAGUUUUUGAGAACAAGACGAAGGAAAAUGGCACUAGUUUCAGUAAUUAUACGAGUAAAUAUAUCCGAAAAUUAGGAUCUCCUAGGAAGAAAAAGAUCAUUCUACCCUUAAAGAAAUAAGAUGAGGUAUACUCACCAUACUACCAAGGGAGACUCCGAGUCGUUGAGAACUGAAAACCUCCUCUCAUCAACUCUUGAGAGGCCUAACAAAAACAGCUCCUUGUUUACAAGUGGGAAGAGGAUUAAUAAAUCUGAAAAGAAGUACAUGAGCAAUACUGCCAAGUUUUGGAACUUAAAGAUGUGGAAUAAAGCUAACAAACAUAAUAAGACCUUUACCAAGUACUAUAACUCUACAGAGAACAAGCACAGAAGUUCUAUUAGUGGUAAGAUAAAGCGCAAGAAUGCUAAGCCGAGUAAAAUCAAGAUCUCCUUCUUUGACCUAAAGGGGAAGGAUAUGAGUGUUACUACCAAGAAAUCAAAGAGGAAUGAUGGGAAUUUGAACAAAUCUUCCACCCUGUUCCAUGCCAGGAACUUCUCCUUAAAUACUCCUAAUGCUGGUACUACAAAGUUGAUGAACUCUACAGAGAAGCAUCAGGAAGCUUUUAUAGGGUUGAAGAAUAAACCUGACAUGAUGAUCACAGGAAUUGAGGGCAAAGGUAUCCUGUCACAUAGCUCAGCGGAGUUCUCCCCUGAAGUUCAAAGAUUUGGGAUCCUGAGUAAGACGCCUAACCUACAGUCAUCUAAGACUACAUAUGCAAGGAAGAACUUUAGUCAUAUCGACGUCGAUACCAAGAAGGAAAGAUUCCCUCAGCUCGAUGAGUUCUUACGAAUGCAGUACAUGUUCUCCCAGUCAAGGAAGAGAGCUGAGGAGGAUGGCAUGGAUGACUCGCAGAGGCAAGAAUUAGCUCAAAUAUAUGAUUUAAGGGCUGAACAUAAAAAGAUCAAUAUCAACCUCAAGAACAAACUGCGUGAAAUCCAACCGAUCAAGGUCGAAAAGAAUGUGUCAGUACAAAGCAGCAGUGCCUUCAAAAGAAAGACAAUAGUUGAUAUCCGCUGACAGAGUCGGGAAGCUGCUAGUCAAGCCAGUCGAGGUCUCAGUCGUGAGUCAGAGAGCAUCAGCAAGGAUUAUUGAUCAAAUUCUGACCAGGUUUCGCCAAGCUAUCCAGAAUUUAAGCCGAAGGAGUCCAAGUUCAGAGUGACUGUUAAAAUCAAGAAGAAUAAUGAAUAGUCAUGGUAUUUCAACUGUUAAUUCUAAUAUUGGG